CACGGCACUCGUAUUCCAACAAACAGUAUCAUAGCUCUUCGAGGAUAUAUACUGCGAGUAUACCAUCACCUGUCGCUGAAUCCACCAGGACGCAGGCAAUAAUUCCGACGACAUCUUUUGCCACAACAAAAUCCGAAAGCGGGAACGUUGCCAUGUCGGCGUUUGUAGCAGGCGAAACUAUCGUCAAAAUUUCCGAAAUAGAUUGCCACGGAUAUGCCAGUGAUAGUGCAACGGGCCUCUUCGAAACCAGGGAAGAUUUAUGGGUGAACUUUGACGAGAACCGAGACGAGCAAAGUAACGAUUGGACAGUCGACAGAUUCAGCGCAGACAGUGAUGAAAAGAGGGAAGGCACUAGCACCGACUUAUCGGUAUCAACACCAAGAGCCAACGGUACCUUGCUACAAGCUCCUAUGACAUAUCCAAAGAAAACUGUUUUACAAAAAUGGGAAAGCAUCAUCAGAGCCAAUCACGGGGUAGAGAACUUUGGAAAGAUAACCCAUUUUGACGAAACCAAAUCGCCAUCCUCUCGAUUGCAUAACAGUCGACCAGUCGGUGUUCUCACAAGCGACUCAAACAAGUCGACAAAGACAAGAAAUCGCCGGUCCUUUGGCCUCAGCGAUGUCACAAACAACCUGAAUACGCCGUCGCCAGUCUCGAACUUUGUAAGAUCAGAUUGUGCCGUCGCAAAGAGUCAAACGGAUGCUAAAGAGGCCAUUAAGUCUAGAUUAUCGUUUGGUUCGAGCAAUUUUACAMAGCCCUCAACUUUUACGAAAUCAAAAGAUCAUACAAGCAACAACAACAAAUUUCAGCCUGCAAGAGAACGUAGAUCUUUCGGUUUGAGCGAUUUUGUCGAAGGCUUGGAUACACCAUCAGCGAACAGACCRGAUCGGAACGAUACUUUUUUCGGAGAAACUAGGAACGCCACCAAUCUUCGUUCUCAAUCUGACUCUCUCGUGUCGAAAGUGACAAAGAUUGUGAGUUCAACAGAGCAAGAUAAAAAACUCGAGAAGUUGGUUGGUAUGCAAAAUGAUCGUGUCAUCGAGGAAAACGAGAUUUCGAAGAGGGCCGGAAAAAGCAACUCAAUGAAACACACAACCAGUMGCCAUUUUCCUCUGCAGAGUGUUGACAACAUGAAGUUCACCUCCUUGGCUUGCUCUGACAACUAUCAGGAGAAAAGCAAGACGAAGUUCAAGAAGACGCCAGUUCGUGCCCUUGUCAUUUUAGAACACCCCAAAAAGUGUGAUGUAGUGGCAGGCGAAGCUAUACAGUGCAACAGAGACGAAGGUAUACUUAUGAUCAAGAAUUUGAACACGAAGAUCGAUGGCGCUGAGUGUGAGUGUUUGAGUUCCGUAUUUAGCGGGAAGGACGACCUGAUUUCCUUCUUUUUGCCCCAAAUGGGAAUGGCUUGUGGUUGCGGCCGAAAGCGCAACCGCCUUGUCAAUCCCGACGAUCCAACAUCACUAGAAAACAUUUUACGGCCAUGGCAAGUGGAGUUUCUCAAGAGUAUUGGCAUCUACCAGGGCGAGGAGUUUGUCAAAGCAGUUCAUCGGAGUGGCGGUAUCACGGCGAGGGCAAUGCGGCAGUGGAGGAAGAAACGUGGCAUGAACUCGUUCAAAACAAGUGCUUGUGCAACUGCCCUCCAGAUAUGGUCUAAGAUCUGCAAGGCCCACGUUCGAUCGAUCCGUCGGCAAGCCCUCGCGGGAAACGAAAACYUUGAAUGUAUGCCUCUCGAUGAAGCUUUGUUUCGCGAAAUGUCUCAAUUUCUUGAAGGCCUGCCCGCAGCACCCAAGCGACGAGAUCAUUUUGCGGACGGAUUCGACGAUUUCGAGCCCGGAUCACAAGUUGAAGUUUAAACCAGGUGUCUGAUAAUUUCUCUGCCCCUCCCGACGCUUAUUAUUUAAUUACAUUAAUAAUUGUACGACUAUCGA